AUGGAUCGAUUUACGCGGGCUGACUUGACUUCGUCACUACAACCCGUAUUAGCAGCUAAUGAAACUAUACUUGCAACACAAGACAAUGUUGGACUUUAUGAUGGUAAUGAGAAAGCAGCCGAUCAUUCGAAUGGCAUAGUAUAUUUAACUUCUCAUCGAGUUUUUUACGUGGAUUUACGACAGCCAACAAUCCAUUCGAUUGCAGUUGAUUUAAGACUAAUCAAAGGAAGAGAUUUUUAUAAUCAGUAUCGCCUGAAAAUAGAAUUUAUUCUAAUUCUCCGUAUUCAUCGACUACUUCUUUAUUAUCAUGGAUUUGUCCAAUAUGUUCAUAUAACAAUCAUCAAGGUGCCAAAUGUAAAAGAAAGUGCCGACUCGUACACCAAAUCAUCAGAUGAUAAUGAUAUCCGAAUUGAAUGCCCAAAAUGCACAUUCUUAAAUCAUCCAAGUAUGAGUAUAUGUGAGAUUUGUGACAACAAGUUAGGAAUCUACGACAUAGAAAACGAUGCUGAGGCUAUAAAGAAUGUAGUUGAUAGAUCCGGAGAUAGGCCAGAUUUCAUAAAACUUGCUUUUCGCGGUGGAGGUCACAACGCGUUUUAUGAGAAACUGAAAUUAGCAAUGUCGAUGAAGGAAUGGGAGAAAACAGUAGAACCCCAGAUAAGUGAAUCUAGUUCAGAAGUUGGUCCUAGUCUUGGAGGGAUAACUAUAUUUAACAAAGCGGAACAAAAUAAAAAGGAACAGGAACAAACGUUGACCCAAGCUUUCAAAGAUUUAGACGGUUUGAUGACAAAAGCCGCUGAAGUGGUCAAACUUGUAGAAUCCAUUAGUCUAAGGAUAAAUAAGGAAUCGACCGAUUCUGAAAGUUCAGUAGAUGAAACCAACACUUUUAGAACUUAUUUGAUCGAGUUAGGAAUAUCUAACCCUGUGACCAAUGAUGAACAAACUGCUCAACAUAUCUUGGAGCUCAUUAAAACUACUGGACCGUUGACUGCAAUAGACUUAGCAUCUUUGGAUAAGAUGAGCAUUGCUCUGGCAACUGAGCAAUUACUGAUGGUGGAGGCGAGAGGACUUAUUUGCAGAGAUGAAACGGUUGAAGGGAUUCGAUUCUAUGAAAAUUUGAUAAUAAAUUUUCAAUGG